AUGCGUGACUCAUUCCGACGCCAGAUGGCUGAGUCAGUCAUGGAGGGCAUCGGCGCGAAUUCCAUCUUCUUCAUCUCUCAACCCCUGCUGGCAGGCUACGCCACAGGUGCAGCCACCUGCACAGUGGUUGACUGCGGUUACACGUACACCAGUGUCAUGGGGAUGCUCAACUUCUAUCCCGUGCCAGAGAGCCAGCUCCUACUCCCGCUUGGUGGCCGGGAUCUCGAUCGUUACCUUAUGCAUCUCAGCCCCAAGGCUCUCCGCCAACUGAGCACGGAGGAGGUCGCUUACAUCAAGAGGCACUACUGCUCUGUGGCACCAACCCUGACCUCCACAAGCCUGCGGAAACGCACCACUUGCAUCCUGCCGGACGGCUCGCAGAUCACUCUCAGCAGCGAGCUGCAGAUGGGGUCAGAGAUGUUGUUUAAUCCCUCACUGGCUGGCCUGGCAGAUGUACCUCCCGUCGACCAGUCGAUUAUAGACGCGGUCUUCAGCGUACCCGACAAUCGAGCCUACACCCUCCUCAGAAUGGUCUUUUCGUCUGGCGGAAGCCUGAAGUUGCCCGGUUUCUCGAGUCGACUCAAACAGUGUCUGCUCAAUAGGACGGCGAGUAAGCUGCUGGACACGGUAAAGAAAAAUCCCCAUUCGGAGUUGUCAGUCUGGUGGGGCGGGUCGGUGUUUGCCUCACUCAGCACUUUCAAAAAGAUGUGCAUAACCCGAGCGGAGUAUGAAGAGGAGGGCCCUGGUAUCGUCUCGAACAGGUGGCUUUAA